AGGUGCCAGCUGCAACUCGCACCUCGGGCCUCGCUCCUCUCUAGCCCUCCUGCUCCGUGCCGGCUGCCGCCACCAUGACCACCAUGACCACCACCAGCCGCCAGUUCACCUCCUCCAGCUCCAUCAAGGGCUCCUCUGGCCUGGGGGGCGGCUCGUCCCGCACCUCCUGCCGGCUGUCGGGCGGCCUGGGGGCCGGCUCCUGCAGGCUGGGGUCCGCGGGGGGCCUGGGCGGCGGCUUCGGGGGAGGCAGCUAUUCCAGCUGCUACAACUUCGGCUCUGGCAGUGGCUUUGGGGGCGGCUUUGGGGCUGUCGACGGGCUGCUGGGGGGCGGGGAGAAGGCCACCAUGCAGAACCUCAACGACCGCCUGGCCUCCUACCUGGACAAGGUGCGCGCCCUGGAGGAGGCCAACACCGAGCUGGAGGUGAAGAUCCGCGACUGGUACCAGAAGCAGGCCCCGGGGCCUGCCCGUGACUACAGCCCCUACUACCAGACUAUCGAGGACCUGAAGAACAAGAUCCUCACGGCCACUGUGGACAACGCCAACAUCCUCCUGCAGAUUGACAAUGCCCGCCUGGCCGCUGAUGACUUCCGGACCAAGUUUGAGACAGAGCAGGCCCUGCGGGUGAGCGUGGAAGCCGACACUAAUGGCCUGCGCAGGGUGCUGGAUGAGCUGACCUUGGCCAGAGCCGACCUGGAGAUGCAGAUUGAGAACCUCAAGGAAGAGCUGGCCUACCUGAAGAAGAACCAUGAGGAGGAGAUGAAUGCCCUGCGAGGCCAGAUGGGUGGUGAGAUCAACGUGGAGAUGGACGCUGCCCCCGGCGUGGACCUGAGCCGCAUCCUGUCUGAGAUGCGUGACCAGUACGAGAAGAUGGCAGAGAAGAACCGCAAGGAUGCCGAGGACUGGUUCUUCAGCAAGACGGAGGAGCUGAACCGCGAGGUGGCCACCAACAGCGAACUGGUGCAGAGUGGCAAGAGCGAGAUCUCCGAGCUCCGGCGCACUGUGCAGGCCUUGGAGAUCGAGCUGCAGUCCCAGCUCAGCAUGAAAGCAUCCCUGGAGGGUAGCCUGGCUGAGACAGAGAACCGCUACUGCAUGCAGCUGGCCCAGAUCCAGGGGCUGAUCGGCAACGUGGAGGAGCAGCUGGCCCAGCUGCGCUGCGAGAUGGAGCAGCAGAACCAGGAAUACAAGAUCCUGCUGGAUGUGAAGACGCGGCUGGAGCAGGAGAUCGCCACCUACCGCCGCCUGCUGGAGGGCGAGGACGCCCACCUGAUUCAGUACAAGCCCAAAGAAUCCGUGACCACCCGCCAGGUGCGCACCAUUGUGGAAGAGGUCCAGGAUGGCAAGGUCAUCUCCUCCCGCGAGCAGGUCCACCAGACCACCCACUGAGAACUCUGCUCCCCCUGGCCAGCGCCCCAGAGUUCCCCAUUGGCCCUGCAGCCUCAGCUCCUGGCUUCAGUCCCUUUCCCAUACCCCUCUGCCUGACCAAUAAAGCUUGUUGAUUCAGA